CAAUUGCUUUUGAAAUUUUUGAUGAGCUAAUUGAGUCUCCUGCACCUCUUCUUGGGGAGUCUGUAAAAUCUAUAGUACAAUUUUCUCUUGAAGUUUGCUCAAGUCAAAAUUUGGAAUCAAAUACUCGUCACCAGGCUAUUCAGAUAAUCUCAUGGCUUGCCAAAUACAAAUUCAACUCUCUGAAAAAGCACAAGCUGGUCAUCCCUAUCCUGCAAGUUAUGUGCCCUUUACUUGCAGAAACUACCGAUGGAGAUGAUGAUGAUCUUGCAGCAGAUAGAGCUGCUGCAGAAGUCAUUGAUACGAUGGCUACGAACCUUCCAAAACAUGUUUUUCCACCAGUUUUUGAAUUUUCUUCAUUGAGCUUUCAGAGCCCAAAUCCGAAGUAUCGGGAAGCUUCUGUGACUGCCUUGGGUGUUGUUUCAGAAGGUUGUUUCGAAUUGAUGAAACAUAAACUGGAACACAUUCUUCAUAUUGUCUUAGGAGCUUUGAAAGAUCCAGAGCAAAUGGUAAGAGGUGCUGCAUCGUUUGCUGUGGGCCAAUUCGCUGAGCACUUGCAGCCUGAGAUAGUAUCUCACUAUGAAAGUGUUCUUCCAUGUAUCUUAAAUGCCCUGGAUGAUGCAUCUGAUGAAGUGAAGGAAAAGUCAUACUAUGCUUUGGCAGCUUUCUGUGAGAACAUGGGUGAGGAAAUACUUCCUUUCCUUGAUUCCCUGAUGGGAAGGUUACUUGCAGCACUUCAAAAUAGUGCACGUAAUUUGCAAGAGACAUGCAUGUCUGCUAUUGGUUCUGUGGCAGCUGCUGCAGAGCAAGAUUUUAUUCCAUAUGCUGAGAGAGUUCUGCAGUUGAUGAAAAUUUUCAUGGUUCUUACCAAUGAUGAGGACCUAUGCUCACGAGCAAGGGCGACUGAGCUAGUUGGCAUUGUUGCUAUGGCUGUUGGAAGAACAAGGAUGGAACCGAUAUUACCUCCAUUCAUUGAAGCUGCUAUUUCUGGAUUUGGUUUGGAAUUCAGUGAACUUAGAGAGUACACCCACGGGUUUUUCAGUAAUGUUGCUGAAAUUUUGGAUGAGGGUUUUGUGCAGUACCUUCCACAUGUUGUUCCCCUGGCUUUUUCAUCGUGCAAUCUUGAUGAUGGCUCUGCAGUGGACAUUGAUGAGUCUGAUGACGAUGAGAGUGUUAAUGGAUUUGGAGGUGUGUCUUCGGAUGAGGAUGCUCAUGAUGAACGAAGAAUCCGCAAUAUUAGCAUCAGAACAGGAGUCCUGGAUGAAAAGGCUGCAGCAACUCAGGCCAUUGGCUUAUUUGCAUUGCACACAAAGAGUUCAUAUGCACCCUAUUUGGAGGAGUCAUUGAGGAUUUUGGUUAGACAUUCUGGGUACUUCCAUGAAGAUGUUCGUCUUCAGGCUGUUACUUCCUUGAAGCAUAUUCUAACAGCGGCUCAGGAAGUCUUCCAAGGGCACAAUGAAGGGUCUUUAAAGGGGAAGGAAGUUCUUGAUACUGUGAUGGAUAUCUUCAUCAAGACAAUGACCGAAGAUGGUGAUAAGGAAGUGGCUGCUCAAGCAUGCAUGAACGUGGCAGACAUCAUCAAGGAUUAUAAAUACAUGUUAGUUGAACCCUAUAUGCCUCAGCUUGUUGAGUCAACUUUAGUACUACUACGAGAGCAAUCAGCUUGUCAGCAAAUAGAAUCUGAUAGUGAGAUUGAUGAUGAUGAUGCCGAGCAUGAUGAAGUGCUUAUGGAUGCAGUUUCAGAUCUCCUUCCUGCAUUCGCAAAGUCCAUGGGUUCUCACUUUGGCCCCAUCUUCUCAAAGCUGUUUGAACCUUUAAUGAAAUUUGCGAAAGCUUCACACCCUCCACAAGAUAGGACCAUGGUAGUUGCGUGCCUUGCAGAAGUUGCUCAGGAAAUGGGUGCCCCGAUUGCAGGAUAUGUUGAUACUGUAAUGCCCUUGGUAUUGAAAGAAAUGGCAUCAUCAGAGGCGACUAAUAGGAGGAAUGCUGCAUUUUGUGUUGGCGAGUUGUGCAAAAAUGGUGGUGACCCAACCCUAAAAUAUUAUGCAGACAUCCUUCGUGCGCUUUACCCAUUAUUUGGGGAAUCUGAGCCAGAUGAUGCUGUAAGAGACAAUGCUGCUGGUGCUGUUGCAAGGAUGAUCAUGGUGCAUCCUGAGGCUAUCCCUUUGAACCAGGUUCUUCCUGUUUUUCUGAAAGUUUUGCCAUUGAAAGAAGAUCAUGAGGAGUCUUUGGCUGUUUAUACCUGUGUCUGUAAUCUAGUACUGGCCUCUAAUCCCCAGAUACUAUCUCUAGCCCCUGACUUGGUGAAUAUAUGCGCACAAGUGGUAGUUUCUCCUGCUGAAACUCCUGAGGUUAAAGCGCAAGUCGGCAUAGCUUUUUCUCAUCUAAUUUCUCUAUAUGGCCCGCAACCCAUAUUGAGCAACCUUUCACCUGCACAUGCCAAUGCACUGGCAGCAUUUGCACCCAAAAGUUGAUUACCUGAAUAUGCCAGUGAAUCACCCUGCUCUGCACAUUUCAGUCUUGGGGAUUAGAUGUCGCUUCAAGUUUGUUGCUUGUGAGUACAGUUUGUUUCGCAAAUUUGUGAGUGAGAAAUGGUUGAAUCUUGCAGGAUGGCACUGGUCAUCUGGGAUUUGUUGCCCCUCAAUCUGUCUCCAUUUUUACCUCAUGGAGACAUGGUGCCGUUUCAGUAAUAUUUUCUACAUUUUUUUUUGGUUUUGGUUUUGUUUUUUCUUCUUUUGGUCCCGUUAUUCUUUUUUUGAAUUUAUUGUGUAUAGCCUAUAGAGAGCCUGUAUGUUUUAUCAUUAUUUUAAUUUGUUUGUUUCAACAGCAGAGCUGUGUAUUGCGUGACAAUUUUGCACUGAGUAUAAGUAAUAAGACAAUUUUGCAUUGUCUAGAGUAA